AUGUGUCGGAUAAAUUCAAUAUUACCUGAAGCAUGCACUCGCUUUUAUGCCAUAUGGUGUAUCACUUGGGGGCUUUUGAUUGGAUGCGGCUAUUCGCUUCUCCUCAUUUUGGAUCUUUCGAGUCCUAAAGCUAAAUUAGAUCUGCUCGAAAGAAUUCUUUCUAUUGCUUAUGCCUUAAUGGGAUUAUCUUAUGGCUUAGCUGGUGCUUUUAUGUUCCUCGGAAUGCAUUACGAUAAGCCGACUCUGUUUAAGUGUGGAAAGUUAUUAAGCUCUAUAUUUGCAAUUGCAACGUUUCCCGUUAUAUUUAUCUCCGUUGUACAUUGCAGCAGUAUGCGUUGCAUGUGUCAAUAUAUGAAGGAACGAUGGAACAAAGGCUAAGAGCACCGAGAUCCUUUGCUAGUUUUUUUUUUUUAUUUUGUUAAGUUAUUAAAAAAUUAAAAUGAAAAAAAAUUAAA